UCCAGUUUCAAUGAUCUGCAACUACUAGAUCCCGGGAUGGCGAAGAGCAUGCAAACAUUGCUAAAGGCGAGUGACGAUGACCUUUCCGACUACAGAUUUACAGUGAACGAACCGGAGAUCGAACUCAAACCAGGAGGGAAAGACGAGGUCGUGACCACUGCAAAUGUUCGAGAGUACAUUAAGCUUUGCGCCAGGCACUACACAGCAUCCUCCCAGUUCAAGGUAUUCAGUAAGAGUUUUCGGAGCAUGUUCGGUCGUUUCGGUCUUCACCAACGUUUCGCACCGCAGGAGCUGAUGUCAUUAUUCCUAGGAGGGCAAUAUGAUUGGAAGGCCUUUCAAGAAAGCUUUGGUUAUGAUGAGAAAGGCUACACAGCAAACCAUCGCGUGGUCAAGAUGUUUUGGUCAGUGUUCCAUGGUGAUCUCACUGAGGAUGAUAAAAGAGACUUUCUGAGAGUCAUGACGGGUGCUGACCAUGUCCCCAUUGGUGGAAUCCAGGAGGUUAGACCUAGGAUGUGGCCCAUGGGAGGAGACAAAGAUUGUAAGGGGAAACCCCCGAAGGACAUGUGCCCUGAAGUGAAUACAUGUCAUGGUUUCAUCGUGCUUCAUCUCCCGAUGUACAGGAAAAGAGAGCAUCUAAAAGAACGACUCAUGAAGCUAAUAGAGAUGAAAGGGCAUGGAUUUCAUAAAAUACCAGAAUAAACCUUGGACUGCCAUAGACAAUUUAACAGUCUCAUAUACGGACAUUGACAUAAUAUAAAUCUAAGUUCUUAAUCAAAGAAAAGUAUUCAAAACUGGUUGAUGAAUUGUAAUGUUGGGUCAAUUUCAAAAUAAUUUGUAUCAUGAUGAAUAAAUAAAUUGUAUAAAAUCAUAUCUGUUAUACACGGUGGCACUGAAUUCGGUCACAACGACAAACCGACCUAUUUUGGGCCAUUGGGAAUAAUAUGAUUGAACAUUUUGAUUGGUCUGUAGUUGGUUUGGUAUUGGUUUCGUUGGUGUGACUGAGCUGCGACAACAUACGAUAUAAAGAAAGAAUGGAAUAUAU